ACCUUUAUUGUCACCUUAAAUUCAAUAAAAGAAAAAGAAAAUGAAAAGGAAACCGGUGGCAGAAGCAACAUAGAUGGUGGUAGUUUGCGAAAAACUUUGUUGUGUUGUUUCUGAACUCUGAAGUGUAAAGAGAAUGGUAGGAUUGAGUGUGCCUCAGCCAUUUCUGUCACCGGUUUGCAAGGCAGCUCCUUACCCACUUGAUCUCAUCGCCACCGCCGCCUGCUUCCACUUCGGCCACCUUCUCCGCCGCCGCGCCACCCACCAUCUCCGCCUUGGGCUUCUUCUUCAUUCCUGUUUCAAGAAACUAGCUCCUUUAACUCAUGUGUUUAGAUUGAAGGAUAAGUGGUGUCAGACAUGCCUUCAGCUUAAUGAGUUGAAUUAUCUUCAGCAGUCAACUGGUGAUUUGACUUCCUCAUGUUCAACUAGUUUCUCUUUCUUUAAUGGGGGAGGACAUGGAGGCCGCUUUGGAAAUGCCGGGAUGUCCAACUCCAAGAAGUCUGGAAAAAAUCCAUUUCAUGGAAGGAAAUGGACAGAUAUUCUCCUUGCCGCCAAUGUUUUAUUUUAUAUUGCACAACUUGCAACCCAAGGCAAGCUAUUAUUGUGGGGAGCGAAGAUAAACAGUCUCAUUGACAAAGGACAACUUUGGAGACUUGCCACAUCUUCCUUUUUGCAUGCAAACGUUGGACACCUUUUGGUAAAUUGUUAUUCCUUAAAUUCAGUUGGUCCCACUGUGGAGAGCUUCUGUGGUCCUCGAAGAUUUCUUGCAGUUUACUUUAUCUCCGCAAUUGCAAGUUCUGCUACGAGUUACUGUUUCUGCAGAAUGCCUGCAGUAGGUGCAUCAGGAGCGAUUUUUGGACUAGUUGGAUCGGUUGCUGUAUUUGUGUUGAGGCACAAAGACAUCGUGGGAGGUGGUAAAGAAGGUUUACAGCACAUAGCACAAGUAAUUGUCCUCAAUAUGGUUAUCGGACUAUUGUCCACUGGGAUUGACAACUGGGGACAUUUUGGAGGCUUUGUUGGUGGAAUUGUUGCAUCAUGGCUUAUCGGACCGGCAUGGAAAUUUGAAUCUACGUCAAGGGAUGGAAGGAGACUUUUCAUUGACAGUGCACCAAUGUAUAAACUCUUCAAGAUUAAAAGAGUACCUAAACAAUGGAAAUAAAACAUUUUAUUAUGUAUGGAAUGGAACUCAUAAUAAAUAACAAAUUAGUACUCUUUGUUAAUUUGUAAAAUGAUUCACACUGCUAUAAGCUUCUCUUAAAAUAUUUAGAUGGUGGGUUGCAGUACUAUUAUUCGAUACCUCUAGCAUUUUGUAUACUAACAAUUAUUUACACAGAUACUUUAUUUGUGAA